GGGCAAUAAGACUGUAGGCAGGUUUUAAAACUCAGCACACAACAGCACAUCGCCCCACUGCUGAGGAACCGGUCGAGAUGAGGUGGUGUGUUGCUGUCAUUGUGGCAGUGCUGCAGCUCUGCAGCCCAGCUCUGCUCACCGACCCGCUGCUCUACGUCUCCCAGCAGGAGGAGGGACCAGAAAACCCCACCAAGCCAUGGCUGAACCCCAAGCUGGAAGAUGUUGUUCCAUCUCUGGAAACCAGCAACCCACCUGAAAUUCAAGACAUCGCAGAAUCUGAGAUGACUUUAAGCUCUUUCCCCAUGUUUGGCGACAACAUCAACCUCAAGUGGGUCAAGUGGGACGGCUCCCUUCCAGAUGGCGCCGUCGCCAUCUUCAAUGGCUACACCGAACGCACUGACUACGUGUGCAAAGUCAACUGUGAGGCUGGAUUCUUCACUCCUAGCAAAGGGAACUUCUGCCAGUACCCCUACGCUGACAAAGAGUACGCCUCCUCCAAGUUUGAAGUGCUCGUCAAUGUGGACCACUUUGAGUUCCUGGAGUGGGUUGAAGAUUCGUACGGGUCGGUUCCCCAGCAUGCCGUCAGAACCUGCCCAGAUGUGGACAUCUACGUGGGCAAGAACAAAUACGGGCUUGGUAAGGUUGUGACCCAACACGAGGCCUUCUUCCUGCCCUGGGAGGGUGACGAGUACUGGUACAAGUCCUACCAGGUCCUGGCUAUCAACAGUGACGGCUACAGCCAGCACAUCUCCCACGUGCAGUACGGCAUCGACCAGAUGGAGCUGUUCCACCACCCUCCAGAGACCCUGCAGCUCGCAAAGGUCACCAACUUGGAAUGCAACAGCGUGGCGAAAACGGUAAGGCUGGAGAAGACCAGCACGGUGGAGAAGACCUGGGACAUCGGCAGAGAAACCCGCAACAGCUCCGUGUCCACCAUGACCGCCAAGGUGCCCAUCCUCGGCCCGGGGAACGUUGAAUUCACCAAGGAGCAGACGGUGAGCUUCUCAGAGGGGACGACCAUGGUGGAGUCCAUCAGUCACUCAGUCUCUGUGGAGCUCCUGGUGCCACCCAACCACUCCUGUGUCGUGAGGAUGGACGGGAGGAAGAUGACGGCUGACAUCCCCUUCGUCGGCAGGCUGAGCCGAACCAACCACAACGGCGAGACCCGCUGGACGAGUAUCACGGGCACCUACGACGGCGUGAGGGUCGGGGAGAUCAACGCUGUGGUGGAGAGAUGCCAGCCGGUCCCUGACGCCGUUCCCUGCUACAACAGUGAGGACUGAGGAUGUCUGACAAACUGGCCAUGAACUCUGAAUUUCUAACUUAAUGGACAAAAUAUCA